GGGGGGGGGGGGGGGGGGGGGGGGGCGAUGCGCGAAGGGCUGCGGCAGCGGAGAACCUGCCCGCUGAGCAAAGGAGCGGGGAAAGAGGGGGAGGGGGAGCCGAAGGGCGCGGAUGGCUGGACCGGAGCGGCCUCCCCCUCCCCGAGGUCGGAGGUGCCUUAGCCGCUGGGGAACGGGGCUGCAGCCUCUGCAGCUGGAUUUCCCACUCUGACGGGCGCCAUUUUACCGCCCAAAGGACUCCCUCCUCCUUUCUUCCCCCCUCCUCUUCCCCUCUGACACUACUUCCGGUGGUGACGUGUAUUCGCUUUACCGGGAUUACUGUUCGACCUACUCGGUCUAUGGGGGUGGGAAUCAGGAAAGUGGAGUUAGCUCCGCUCAAGGCCACAGUCUGGCGCACGCGCGGAAGGUGGCGGUGGGGCGGAGCCUGGAGCGAAUCAGGCCCCGCCUUGAGCUGAGUGGGCGGGACGGAGUGACGUCACGUGACCCGGAGGUUCGGCCCGUCGGACCAGCUCGAACCACAUACCCCUUCUCCUACCGGCUACUGCCCCAACGACUCUUCCCAUCCUAGUCUUGGAAAAAGUGUAGAAAGGGCCGUCGUCCCUACAUCCAUGCGGCAGGGCUAGGGAGGGGCCUUUCUGCGACAGCCCCUGAGUUAUUAAACAUAAUCACUACCUAUUCCCAGACUAUGCCAGGUCCUAGUCGUGGGAGGAAUCAUGGAUGCUCCGCCCCUUUCACCUAAGUGGUAGGGGCCAGCGGGCCGUGACGCCAUCACAGGGCGUCUGAGAAAAGACAAGCGAGUUGGAGAUGGAGUCGCUGUCAGCUCUUAGAGGCUUGGUGCUGCUGCGGGACUCCGUGGAGUGGGAAGGGCGCAGUCUCUUGAAGGCGCUUAUCAAGAAAUCAGCACUGUGUGGGGAGCAAGUCCACAUCCUGGGCUGUGAAGUGAGCGAGGAAGAGUUUCGUGAAGGUUUUGACUCUAGUAUCAACAGCCAGCUAGUUUACCAUGAUUUCUUCAGAGACCCUCUCAACUGGUCAAAGACUGGGAAAGCCCUUCCUGGGGGACCCCUGGGAGCCUUGAGAGCUGUGUGUGGGAAGACAGAUCUUGGUCCUGUCACCAUUGCUCUUGAUUCACUCAGCUGGCUGCUGCUUCACCUCCCCUGCACCACACUCUGCCAGACCUUGCAUGCCCUGAGCCAUCAGCACUCCCACCAUGGCCCCCACCCUAAUGCUCCCUUUUUGCCCUACAUUUUUUGUCCCUCUCCAGGUGACAGCACUCCAGUGCAGCAUGUGCAUGUGCUGGGCCUACUACAUGAAGAGCUUCAUGGCCCAGGUCCCUUGGGAGCAUUGAGCAGCCUUGCCCAGGCUGAGAUGACCCUGAGCGGUACAGUGGGCCAGGCCUCAGCCCACAUCCUCUAUCGGAGGCCCCAACAGCGCCCAACCCAUGAGACUCUGUGGUACUCCAUCCUGCCUGACUUCAGCCUGGAUCUCCAAAGGGGAUCCUCACUAGAGUCCCAGCCCUACCCAGAUCUUCACACCCCCCCGGUAUCUAAGAGGGCUAGGGCCAGAACAACGGGAUGGAGUUUGGGGUCUGGUGAAAGGAAAGAGAGAAAAACUGCAGACGUGGGGGUGAGCUCAGACAGCAGGCUCUACUGUACCCUGGGCCAGGCCAGGCUACCAGCCACAUCUUCUAUGAGCCAGAUGCUUGUGAUGGCCUGGACCAAGAAGACCCAGAUGACGACCUAGAUAUUUGACUGUUCAACGGAUUUGAUUGGACUGUAAUUGGAAGCCGGGGAAGAGGAAAACCUGGGGCCCAUAACCUUCCAUUGUUUACAGUGGCCUUACCCUGUCCUCCCCCACCCUUUGUUCCCUGGGUCUAUGAAGGCCCUGCCCUGUGACGCCAUGAGCUAAAGGAGUAGCUUCCAAUCAGGACAAAAACUGGAUGAUGGCAAAGGGGAAGGUGAGAGAGUAGAACUCCUCCCCACACUAAUAAAAUAUUUUUUUUUUUAAUUAAAGAAAA